CAAGUGGCUCCAUUCGGUAAUGGCGCUUUACGGCACUAAAAGCACUCCGGAACGGCACGAUCAGUUUCGCUGAAUGUCCAGCAGUGUCCAGUCUUCUGUAUAAGAGCAUGGAUAUGGCGGAUGAUGAAUUUGACGGAGACGAGGUUGUCGAUGACUUCGACGACGUCGAUGACGACGAUAAUAUUGAAUUAGAACAGCAGGAGGAAGAUGGAGAAAAUAUAGAGCUUUUAGCUGCUGGGGAAGCUUCUGGCGGCGUGCAGAAAUCUAAACGAAUCACAACGCGUUACAUGACAAAAUAUGAAAGAGCCAGGGUACUGGGGACCAGAGCAUUGCAAAUAGCAAUGUGUGCACCUGUCAUGGUUGAGCUGGAAGGAGAGACUGACCCGUUGCAGAUUGCUAUGAAGGAACUGAAGAAACGUAAGAUCCCUAUUGUUAUUCGACGUUACCUUCCUGAUAAUAGUUAUGAAGAUUGGGGUAUUGAUGAACUUAUCAUAACAGAUCAUUAAUUAUGCUUAAGGAAAAAUUAUUGAACUUAUAAUAGAUUAAUUAUGGUUAAAAGGGAGAAUAAUUAUGGACUUACGCCUUGUGUGAACUGCUCUAUGUAAGAAUAAGUCAAGUGCAUUAUGAAAUAAAAAAUCUUGGACAGAUA